AAACGCCAGCUGGCGGGCGCGGAGGGAAGGGGAGGCAGCUCUGCCGGCGCUCGCAGGUCCAUCGCGGGCCUCCCGGGGAAGGAGGAGGCGGUGGGGGCAGCCGAGGAAGAGGAGGCGGCAGCCCGCCCUGGGGCUCCCGAAUCCAGAUAUUUUGGUGGAGGAAAAAAAGACUUUACAAAGAUGGCUCUGUUGAAAUGCGGCUGGCUCUGGAGACAGAGUUCUAUUCUGCGACGCUGGAAAAGAAACUGGUUUGUGCUGUGGGCGGACGGCAGCCUCGUCUACUACCAGGAUGAUACCGGUCGUGAAAUGGACGGAAGAAUUAACAUCAGAUCCAACUGCCGAGACGUCAGGACGGGCCGCGAAUGCCGGGAUAUCCAGCCUCCGGAAGGGAAAACUCGGGAGUGCCUGAUGUGCGUCGUCCAAAGGGAUGGUCCCAAGACCAUGCUGUGCGCCGAGAGCGAAGACGAUGCGUUAGCCUGGAAGAUGGCCAUUUUGGAAGCUAAGGCAACCCAGGUUCACCUCUAUGACCCUUAUGACGACUAUUACCAGACGGUACCUAUGGACUCGCACCAGGCAAUGUAUGUCAGUUCGGAUUACCACGGCAACCCCUAUGUCGCUCCCGGGAUGACCCACGUCAUCAUCCGCGAAGACCCCUAUCGCGUUUCUGGAGAUCAGAUGGCCCUGGGCCUGCUUGCUGGAGCCGCCACGGGAGCCGCUCUGGGCUCGUUCAUGUGGAUGCCUUGUUGGUUCUGAUGCUCUGAUGCUUUUUGAUAGACCGGCCAGCCCAGCCUGGCUGACUCUCCCCCCCACCCACUUUUCCUGGCAAGACCCCCCCUCCCCCCUAUUUCGAAAGCGAAGAGGGAAAACCAAAGAGGACGGGAUCACUUGGCACAUAAAUUCCCGGGGAUUUUGUAAGAUCCUUGGGAAGGUUUUAAAGCACCUGCUGUGUGAACAGUAACCGUGGCCGAUAGUUCCCAUGCUGCACUGCUAGGCCCUCCCUGGGUCAUUUAGGCUCCCUGGGGCAGAUCUAGGGCAGACCAAGAGAACGCUGCCCCUGCCCCAAAUCUAUAGGUUGCAUUUCCAUGGGGAAUUUAGAGGGUUAUGUAAGGAGUUGCCAGCAGUUUGGAAAUCCAUUUAAUCUGGCCCGAAGCUUUCAUGAAAUCUCCUUCUGCAAUUUACACACAAGCUAUGUUCCCGUAACAUCCUUGGCGAAGGUAGAAUCGCAGUUAGCCCCCCCCCUUUUUUUUUUUUUGCAGUUCAGGGCCAAGUCCUGCUGAUGGGUUUUUCCGUAACCAGGCUCAACGCGUUGUGUGAACGAAGGCGACUCCCCCCCCAUUUUUUUUGAUUUCUGGCUUAAUUUAUUUGCAACGGUGCCUUGCGCAUCCUCGAGGCGGGCCGUUCUUGGCAGUCCCCCUGCCUGGAUCAUGUGGCUUGGCUGGUUCUUCUCCAGGGAUGCCCCCCCACACACACACUUCCACCUGGGUACGGUCAGAAAAGUUAAGAUGGCGCCACAACGAUGCAAUAGAAGCUGUUUUUUGCGCGCUGCAUGUUGCAAAAAUCCAGAUUCGAUCGCAUCCAGGGAACUGUCAGAUAAAAGACCACAUAACCCUCAGCUGCAUAACGGG